CAUGACGCGACUCGCAUUGGAACAAGUAACUGAUUUCGGCGAUUUCACGAAAGGAAAGGAUCUAAAGGAGUUUUUUAAACGAGCAUACUCCAACAUUUCUUCUCAAAACUGCCUGUCCGAUGUGCGUCUGAGUCCAGAUGGACGUCACAUUCAUGUCAUUGUGCGUCAGCCCAAGAGUGGUCUUAUGACAUAUGACAAAUAUCAGCGAGCCCAUCCGAUGCAAAGCCAGAAGCACAUUGAUUUAGUGCUAACUCGAAAUGUGCCUAUAGUAGAUGUCAUUUAUAUCCCUCAAAGCAAACCAGAUGAUGCAGCCUCUGUGCUGGGAGUGAUUUUUGAGAAUGGAAAAGCGGAAUUCUGGAAAUUCCUGGAGUGCAGAUCAGGCUGGCAUCUUCUCCAGACUGUGGAUCUGUGUAACAGCCCUCGUGCAAAAGUAGUUUCUGUGUCUGUGUGUCAGAAUUUCAUCAUAUGGUGUGAGGAGCGACCACCAUCAGAGAACUCCAAUAGUGUGUGCAGCAACUUCAGGUUCUGUAUUUGCAAAAAGACUGUAGAAGUUAAUGAGGGGGGUGUCAGUUUGGGAAAUGUGAAAAUUGCAUUGCAUAAUAAUCCUCGAUAUACGACCAUCAGUUCUGGGGAUUUGGUCUAUCUGCUCCCAGACAUGCGGGAAAACUCUUCACUAGGUUUUUCUAAAGUGUUUAUUGUAUGGUCACCUGAACGUGACGCCUUUAAAGUGCAUAGUGCCUGUAGUUGCACACUUAUGAAAAGCUCAAGCAAAGAAUCAGACUUCAAGAGGCUUGUUACAGACUUUAUUGGCCUUCUAUCCACACUAAAUCCUCCUGAUAUCUGUGGAUUCUCUCCCACUGGAUGUGGAGACCUCCUUCUUCUCCUAAGCACUGGUUGGGUAUGCAUCAUGAAGAGAGAUGGCUGUCUCCGCAACAUAUACAAACUUCCUGAUAACUGCCUAAGUGCUAGUGGGACCCAAAACAGCCUGAAUAUGUAUAAUGAAAUCCUUGCAUUAACAAUAGGCAGGACCCUCUUCUUAAUUGACACCAAAUGUGGCCUGGAAUUAGAGAGAAUAAGUCUGAAAACGGAAGGUCUUCUCUUCGUAAACUCUUUGGACAGUCACUCUCCGCAAAUGCUGUCAGAAACCGGGCUGUUUGUGGUCACGCAAAGACAGAAGCCUUCUCCGACACAUUCAGAAGACUCAAGUGCACUUUUGGUUGAGGCUGUUUUCGAGGAGGCAUGCAAAUACUAUCAGCAAAGAAGUCUAAGUAGCACACAACUCACGGUGGAGAAGCUCAAAAAAGGUGGGAUGUUUCAAGCUCCCAUAUCGCUAGCUGCCAUCCUAAGGGAUUAUCUCAGCAACCAGAAGACCAAAACUGUUGAGAAACAUUCCUCAGGUCAAGAAAGGCUCAUGAGCUCACUCGAAUCAGAACUUAGGAGUCUCGUUUUGCUAGAGGACAUCAAAACGUCAAUGGUGAAGGCUUCUGAGAAAGAUCUAGAGAACUAUUGUGAAACAUUGGUGCAGCAGGAGAUCUGCCGGCUGCUUGGCGGUGAGCUAGAGAGGGAGAAUCUUCAAUACCUGAAUAGCAUCUUCCAACUCUUUCCCACUUAUUCCUGGCGUGCCAUGCAAGCGGUUCUGCAUCUGAGGUGCAACGGUGAGGGAUCAUUGUCGUCCAAAGCUCCCGCUGAGUUGUGGAAGAUCAUCCUCAGCCCUGUGCAACCCACAGCGAACUUUGCUCACUGCAACGGUCAGCAGAAACACACUACGGUGAACCUGCCUGUUUUUGAGCUGUUGUGCCAUUCCAUCUUCAAAUUCCAGCCUAGCUGGCUCCCCAGGUUUCUCGAAUUGGCACAACAGCAGAUGGGCACGACCAGGAGUUACGGUGUGAAGGAGAGCUCUGAGAGCUUGCCGCUCUAUAAACGGGCCUUGACUGUGCUCCCUUGCAAAGAAACCUACCAACACCUGGAAGUAGAGCUGCUUUUGUGCAGCGAGAGGCCUAAAGCGAUAAUGCAAGCAUUGCGGAUUCUCAUUGAGCAAAGCCAGUGGGAACGGGUGACACAAGUAGCUGAGAGGUUCUGCCGGAAGAGCCAACUUCUGAACAAAGAGAUUUUCGAUGCUCUGUUGUGCGAAGUGUCCCAGCAUCGAGACCUGGACCCUUAUUUGGACCUGCUGUGGACUCUUUGUCCAGAGGACAUGACUGUGACGAGCAUACUAAAUAUUGUACUGAAAAACCUGCCGGAUUCAACGCAGAACUCGGGACCAUUCGAAGUUCACGGCAGCCAGGUCACAAUUGGGCUUUUGAAACCGCUCCUCAGAAAAGUUCUCCAAAGGGAGACCAAACCCAGCCACAGGUACGCAGAUAUUCUUCAGUCACCCACAAUUCCUCCGCUCACGCCUCCACGCCAGCCAAAGGGACUGUUCAGAGAUGCUGAGAACCAGGAAACCAAGCAGAGGACUUCCUCUUGAUCUCAAGUGACAUCUAGAGCCAGCCUGGUCUGACUUUCCCACUCACAAAUCAUAUCUAAAACCUUUCCGUAGACUGUUAUUAAAGGAGUCUCAAAGGGAUAGUUCACCCCAAAAUUAAAAUUUGUCAUCAUUCACUCACCCUCAUGUUGUUUCUAAAUAUGUAUGACUUUCUUUCUUCUGUAUAUUACAAAAAAAUAUAUUUUGAAGAACUUUUUGUCCAUACAAUUGGACCCUAUUCACUUUAUUGUAUUGACAAAAAAUAUCUUCUAUUGUAUUUUACAGAAGACAAAGUCAAACAUGUUUGGAUAGACAUGAGGGUGAGUAAAUGAUGACAAAAUUAUAUUUGGGUGAACUGUACCUUUAAGAAGUAUUAUGUACCUUGCAUGGUCUGAAUAGAAUUAUGGAGCUUUUCCGGAACAGAUAAUAUUUCAUUAAAUAUUACAAUUGUACAGUAAUUACUGCAAUUCACAGAUGUUUAACUACUGCUUUAAUUAUUCCUGAUGUAGAAUGUAAUAUAUGUUGUUUUUAUGUUUACUUGGUUUGCUGCAUUUCAUCUUACAUGUCUUUGGUAUGUUUUAAACAGUAUUUUUUUUCUCCUAACCUUCAGAUGUCUUUUUCAUGAGUCAUUGCAUGAAGCCAUGCUGUCACCCUGAUCUUUUUGGAAGGUCAGAGAUGACUAAGCAUUAUUCACAUUUCAUGCUUCAGAUCAUUUGAACCCCUAGCAUAACAAUAUCUUCUUUUUUUAUUGACACUACAGUUGGUCAUCAUAUGCUGGUGUGAUUAUUAUUUUAAGAAAAUCACAUGUGUAAGACGUAGGCUAAGAAUUGUUGUAGUAAUUAAUAAAAAUGUACAGUAAUAUAAAAUGUAAUAUUCAUGUUAUUUAGAUUUGGAAAUUUCUCGAUUAAUGCCAUACAUGUUUACAGGAUUGCACUUGUAGUGCUACCACAGGGAUUUUAUCAUUGUAGAAAGCAGUUAAAUAUGACUCUCAUGUAUUGCUACCACUCAGGUCUCUUUCUGAGUUAAAGUGUCACAGACUUCUGCUGCCCAUAGUGAUUUAUGGUUGUGUGGUCAGAGAGGGGAAUUCUGAUGUGUUUCCAAUGCAAAGCUUUAUAAACUCACUAGGUCUGUACAGCCCCACCCUCUCUGCAUUCCUUCUGGGCUCAGCAGCAGCAUUCACAGCACUGCUUUAAAUUCAAUUGAACUAAAUUCUAUUAUACAGUGACCAGCUUCAAACUCAGUCACAUUGGAGAGGCUUGUGCUGCCCUGAAUUGACGCAGCAUAGCUAAUUUUAUUUGGAGAGCUAAAACUAAAGGCUAAAACUAAAACUAAAAUAUUAGUUUGACUGAGUUUUCUGAGCCAUCGUUCAAAGGCCACUGUCCAUAAAAAUAAUAAUUCUGUUCUGUAACCUUUAACAUGUCUCAAGAAUCACUGCAAUCAUUUAAUGGCCUCGUGUUAUGUUUAAUCAUUUUCUAAUGCCCUAUAUACACAGCAUGAGAGUGCAUGUGGAUUAGAUUUAAAAUAUUUCAAAACCAGUUUCAUGGCCUCUCGUAGUACUUGCCUUUCUCUGGCACUUGCUAAUCCAAAUGCUAAGUAAUAGCCAUAAUAUCGAGCAAUGGUAUGCUUUUAAACCUUUUAUAUGGCAUGAUGUUUUUGAAAGGUACUAUACUAUCACGUCAUUGAACAUGUAAUCCUUUUGUCUGUAACUUUUUUUUUUCUUUACCCCUCUCCUAAGCAGCACAGAUAUGUGUGGAAUGCAUGUUUUACUGCUCUAGUGCUUCACCCUGAUUGGCACACUAUUGUAAUGGCAGAUGCACCGUAAAGGCCUCGGUCACAGUAUGUAGGGUGGACUGGACUGGGGGAAGGGUUUCUAGAUCGGUUGGCUAGACAGAGAGUGGCAAGUGAUGCUUUACAGCAAACAAUGAGGUUCAGCAUGGUAGUAUGAGCACCUUUUAUUAUUAUUGUGAUUAAUACAUGAUACAAUAGAAAUGUUUAACAGGCCUUAGACAGUACCUCUUCAAAAUGAAGCCAUUGAAGCCAGCAGUCACUGUCUGCUAAUUACUGAUUAGAACAAUCUAAUAGAAAUGUUGUGGUUUUAAUAAAAUGUACAAUGUCAGUCGUAUACUGCAUCUAACAGCAUACCCAUGUAUCCUUUUUGAAAAAAUGGCAUAAAUAAAUCUCAGUGCCUACAGGACCACAUAAA